AUGAGCAACAUCAUCACCAAAACUGCAUAUUGGGUUUUGGUUCUUCUUGUAAUUAUAGUCCAAGUCCGAGGCCGUUAUUUUAGACUGGUUUCAGAUGGUGGAACAGAUCAUCAUCAUCAUCAUCCUCAUAAUCAAAAUCAAAGCAGCAGCAGCUCCCUGUUGCUUUUCAAAGGAAUUGAUUCUGCAGAAGAGGAGACAUGUGAGCAGCUUUAUGGGUUCUUGCCAUGCUCCAACAGUGUGUAUGGGCAAGUGUUUCUGAUGGUGGUUUAUGAGUUCUUGCUGUUUCAUGGAGAGUCUUAUUUGGCUGCUGGGGGUGAGCAGAUUUUCCAGAUUUUGGGUCCUGGUGUCUUUGGUGCCAGUGCAUUUCAUGUCCUUGGUGCCCUUCCUGAGUCUCUUUUACUUCUUGCUUCUGGAUUUUUUAACUCCAAGGACAUUGCUGCGGAUUAUGUGUAUACUGGAGUUGGGUUGUUGGCUGGAACAUCAAUUUUGCUCUUAACAAUACUUUGGGGGACUUGUGUAAUUGUCAGCAGCCAAGACUUUCCAAAUAAACUCAGCUCUGACUCUGAGGCUUCCAAUGAUUCAAUUUCCUCUCCACCUUUAUCAUGGAAAAGACUACCAGCAUCCUUGACAGGUUGUGGUAUUACUACGGAUGUAGAGACCAGCCGCAUUGCAAUGAUUAUGAUUUGUUCAGGAGCACCAUUUCUUAUAAUGCAAAUUGCAAAUAUCUUCCAAUCCUCUUCCAAGGAACGCAUUGCCAUCUUGAUUGCUCUCUGGGUUUCUGUUUUCUUCCUUUUAUUGUACUUUAUUUAUCAGAUCUUCCAGCCCUGGGUUCAAAAAAGAAGAUUAGAGUUUGUCAAACAUGGGCAUUUGGUGUCAAGCAUUUUACAGCAUGUGCAAAAACAUGCACUAGAGAGAGUCCUCACUGUCCAAGGGGCACCGAAUUUAUAUGCUAUCAGAAGGCUAUUUGAGGAAGUGGAUGAAGAUGGUGACAAUUAUAUAUCACUUUCUGAAGUGAAAGAACUUCUCCUUGAAAUCAAAUUCAUAUCAACGGAAGACGAUAAGGAUAAAGGAACAGCAGAAGUGAUGAAACAGUUUGACCUGGAUCGUGAUGGGAAAAUCACUAAAGAUGAAUUCAUCAAUGGCUUCACAAAGUGGAUUGAUGAGGUCAAGGCAGUGCAUGAACAACAUACCCAAAGAUCGUUGGAGAACAUAUAUGAGGUCUUUCAACCUUGGAUUGAAAAUAGAAGAAGAGAACGUGAAAUGAAGAAGAAUCUAAUGUCAGAAGUACUAAGACAUGUCCAAAGCAAUUCACUUGGAAGCAUUCUCACAGAAGAUGGCAUGCCUGAUAUACCAAAUAUUAGAAGGUUGUUUGAAAAGAUUGAUCUUGAUGGAAAUAAUAAUAUAUCGCAAGCAGAACUAAAAGAACUGAUCGCGGAUAUCAAGUUUGGUAAGAUUCCAGGGGACGUGGAUGAAUCAGUUGUGAAAUUGAUAGAAGAACUUGACACAAGUGGAGACAAAAUGAUCAGUGAGGAAGAAUUUGUUACUGGAUUAACAAAAUGGAUAAAUAAAUCCCAUGGUACUCAACCCCCCUCCUCGUCGCAUGAAUCUGAAGACGAUAUCUAUCAAAGAACUUGGGAAGAAACAGAUAGGUUGGUGGAUGAAGAGAAAAGCAAGGGUGGUUCAGCUGUUGACAAGUCAAUAUGGGCUUGGUUGAAGGCCAUAACAUAUUUGGUGCUUGGAUUUGUUGUUUUAGCAGUUCUAGCAGAGCCUCUUAUAGAUAGUGUUCAGGCUUUUUCCACAGCUGUAAGCAUUCCUUCUUUCUGUGUAGCAUUUGUGCUUGUCCCCUUGGCAACAAAUGCUAGGCAAGCCACUUCAGCAAUUAAAGCAGCUUCUAGGAAAACACCAAGAACCACUUCUUUGACAUUUUCUGAGAUUUAUGGUGGAGUUUUUAUGAACAAUGUGCUGGGAGUUUCUGUGCUUCUAGCAAUAAUUUAUGCUCGUGAAAUGACAUGGGAAUUUUCUGCUGAAUUAUUGGUGGUUCUAAUUGUCUGCACUGUAAUGGGUGUCACUGCAAGUUCUGUUUCAACCUUCUCUCUCUGGACAGCCUUCUUGGCCUACCUACUAUACCCUGUUUCAUUGCUUUUAGUCUAUCUUCUCAAUGACGUUCUCAACUAUACUUGA